GUGUGCAUCACCAGGCACUGCCCUUGUUCUACAACGCUGGCAUAGUUUGGCCAGGUGAUCCCUCUGCUUGCCCGCAGAUCCACUGGCCAAAGCGAGCGCUGGCAGCUUGUCACAGACAUACGUGAUUGCACAUCAAGACUGCUCACCUCUUCUCCCAGCUGCGAAGGGGAAGAAAAUUAAAUCCAUAGAAACUCGCAGGCAAGGCAAAUGCCGCCAAGGUACUUCAGGAGAGAGCGCUCUUCUUUGGAUUGAGUGUUCAGGUGCUGUUCUCUCUUUUUCUUGCCCUGACUCCUGCUAAGCAUGGUGCCAGAUCAUCAACAUGUCUGAAUCCCACUCUCCUUUCCUCACCUCUAUGGAGGGGACUGGCAAUGAAACAAACUGGAGCAUUUCCAUGCCUUCUGCAAGCAAAUACCACCUCUCCAUUGGCUUGGCCUUGGCUAUAGGCUCCAGUAUCUUUAUUGGUUCUAGUUUCAUUCUGAAGAAGAAAGGACUUUUGAAACUGGCAGAGAGAGGAGUCACCCGAGCUGGACAAGGUGGAUAUUCUUAUUUGAAGGAAUGGCUUUGGUGGGCUGGACUGCUAUCAAUGGGAGUAGGAGAAGCUGCAAACUUUGCUGCCUAUGCCUUUGCACCUGCAACCUUAAUUACCCCCUUGGGUGCACUGAGUGUUCUCAUAAGUGCUAUAUUGUCAUCCUAUUUUUUAAAUGAGAAGCUGAAUAUUCAUGGAAAACUGGGCUGUGUACUGAGCAUUUUGGGGUCAACAGUCAUGGUUAUUCAUGCCCCUGAGGAGGAGGAGGUCACCUCACUAGAUGAGAUGGAAAGAAAGCUACAGGAUCCAGCAUUUGUUACAUUUGCUGUUCUCCUAACAGUCGUUGCCCUUGUCCUGAUUGUUUUUGUGGCUCCAAAGAGAGGUCAGACAAAUAUCCUGAUCUACAUUUUAAUUUGCUCCCUCAUCGGUGCCUUCUCUGUCUCCUCUGUGAAAGGCCUGGGCAUUGCCAUUAAGCAGAUGCUGGAGAGGAAGCCAGCCUACCGCCAUCCCCUGGUUUACAUUUUGGUGGGCAUCUUGGUGCUGUCAGUCAGCACUCAGAUCAACUAUCUCAACAAAGCACUGGACGUGUUCAACACAUCCCUUGUGACACCCAUUUAUUACGUGUGCUUCACCACGACAGUGGUGACCUGCUCCAUCAUCUUGUUCAAGGAGUGGAGUAGUAUGGAACUGGGUGAUAUCAUAGGAACCCUGAGUGGAUUCUGCAGCAUCAUCAUUGGCAUUUUCCUACUGCAUGCUUUCAAGAACACUAACAUCACCUGGAGUCAGCUGAUGUCCACUGUUGCCAAAGAAUCGUCACUGCCACACCGUGAAAUCGAAACCAGUCACACUUUGCUGGAGAGCAUGGAAGACCCAGCUUUGGUGUAUGAGGAGGACAACAUUUUGUUCAGUCAAUGAAACACUCAAGCAGUGUUCAUCAUCAAAGUACCACGAAUUGCAAACUCAGCCCACCCAUGACUACUAGAAUGCUCUAUUUUUCUGCAGUCCUCUGGAAAUUUGUCUGUGAAGCCUGUUAAGUGUGGGCCACUCCUCUCUGCAUCAGCUGUUGGCAGUAAUGAAUGAAAAUGUUCAGUAACUAGCAUGACAGACAGAAUCCUGGUAGUGAUUAUAUGUUAGGAAAAUAAAAAAACACGGUCCUUUUUUAAUGCAGCAUCUCUUCUUGGGAAAUUUUAGCAAAAAAGAAUGGUCUUUGUGAGCCACAUUUUAAGAAUGCAAUUUUCUUUUACUGAUAAAAGACAAUCCUUGCUGAAGUGGCAGAUACUCUGCUAUUAUCUUGGUGAUGGCCUUAUUGCUUCUGGCUUUCUUUAUGUUUUUAUAAUUUGUUACCAAGCAAACUUGUAAAUACCUACAUGAAGGAUAUUCACUGAAGACAUAAUAUGAAGAAAACAGUGUUUAACCCUUCUAGUUCUUACUAUAAAAUUUUAUGCAAGAUUUUUUUCACUUUUGAUGACCUGCCAACGAACAUUGAUUAGAUGUCACAAAAAAAUUUUAGCAAAUGUCGUUCUUGCUCAGUCUCAACUUUUCUAUCCAAGGAAUCCUGAAUGGAUUGUGAAUCCCUGAAUGUGCUUGUACUUUUUUGUUUCAAAACUAAGACAA